AUGGAUCCAGCUGGAUCGAUUAUGCGAAUUAUAUAUAACAGUAGGCGCAUCACAAGGACAACACAAGCAGCAUACAUUUUGCGCAAAGGCAAGGGCAACUUUGACCCUCUUGACUUCAGGAAGUUGACGCCUGUCGACAAGAACUGGCCCACGGAGCGCGGACUCUACAUCACCCACUACGAAGGAGACAGGAACAAGCUCCAAAUGGAUGUGAUGACCGAGGUUAGGUCUGCUUUCCUCGCAGCUCCCGUCCGAAGACGUGGACCUUCGCACCCUUGGAUCCGGAUUCCACUAAUGGUCGUUACCAUUAGUGACGCCAACUUCGACUCUGAUGCUACAGAGUCUCAUUCGAAGCCCACUACCGUGCCCAACCCACCCAAGAAGACCGUGAUCAAGCUCUACUACCGCCCCGUGAUGAGAGCGGCAAGAAUCAGGCUCGGACAUCGUCCCGUCUAA